AUGCAUCGUGGUAUACAGGAAACACUUCGAUGUAUUAGGAAACGAUACAACUUUGAUGAUCUCUAUAAACUUACUCAGGUGGUUGUCAACUCUUGUAAAAUCUGUCAAUCGAAUAAACCAACAAAUUUUUCGAUCUCAAACUACCGAUAUAUCCCUACUCCUAGCCGACCACAUAUGAUUAUGAGUGCAGACCACAUUACCGAUCUGGAUACUUCCAAAGAUGGAUAUAAUGAAAUAUUAGUGAUAAUGGAUCUUUUCACCGGAUAUACAUACUUAAUCGCUGCGAAGAAAAAGGACACGGCAGAAGAGACAUUCCAGAGAAUAGAAGAGAAACUUUGUUCACAUGGCGGUUUACCCAUCACGAUGAUAAUCGACAACGGAACAAAAUUCAAAGGUGAAUUCAACAAAAAUUUGUUCUGGCGUGUAAUAAAUAAUUGGAAUACUUCUAUUCAUAAAGCAAAGUCAAAUGGUGCUAACGGACGCACGAAUGGCAUUAUUAAACAAUGUCUAAGAACUCAUGGGGCACUAAUGCGCCCACAUUGGCCUCAACAUCUAGCAGCUACUGAAUUUUUUAUCAAUAGUAGGACAGACUUAGCAACACGUCGAUCUCCACAUGAGUUGAAAUAUGGAUAUGAACCUGAAUGGAUAGAUUCAAAUAAACGUCUGGAAAUGCCUAAUACUGAUACCAGAAUACAAGUCAUGUCAGAUGAAGAAUGGUAUAAUUAUAUCCAAGAAAAGGUAAAACCAAUUCAAGCCCUAUUAGUAAAAAGUAAAGAUAGAAACAAAAAGAUGAUUACCAACACAGGGAAACCAAUGGUAUUCAAAGUAGGUGAUAUAAUAUGCAUUUCUGGACAUGCAUACGUUGCUAAAGGCCUCAAGGCCCUAAUAGCUGUUUUUAUAGGGCCUGCUGUUAUUAAAAACACAUUCUACAGGGUAAAUAUACUCAAUUCAAGAAUAGUACUUCAUGUACAUGCAGAAUUCCCUGGAAAAUUUAUUAAGUCCAUUGAUACAAAACGGAAAAAAAAAAAAGGAAGUGCUGUUUAUAUAUUAACGCGAGGUAAUAUAUCACAAAAUGGUGACAUACGGUAUAAUUCGUAG